CGUCCAUGGGAAUGUUUAACUUAACAAGACUCUCUGAAUUCAUCCUUUUGGGACUUUCUUCUCAGCCUGAAGACCAGAAACCACUCUUUGCCCUCUUUUUCAUAAUCUACCUCGUCACCUUAAUGGGAAACUUGCUCAUUAUUUUGGCCAUCCGCUCUGAUCCUAAGCUCCAAAAUCCCAUGUAUUUCUUUCUAAGUAUCUUGUCUUUUGCUGACAUUUGCUACACGACAGUCAUAGUCCCCAAGAUGUUGAUGAACUUCUUAUCAGAGACUAAGACUAUUGCCUAUGCUGAAUGUCUGACACAGAUGUAUUUCUUCCUAGUCUUUGGAAACAUGGACAGUUAUCUCCUGGCAGUGAUGGCCAUUGACCGCUAUGUAGCUAUUUGUAAUCCUUUCCACUAUGUCACUGUUAUGAGCCACAGACGCUGUGUGUUGCUACUGUCAUUUUCCAUUGCUUUCUCCUGUCUCCACUCCCUCCUACAUGUCCUCCUGGUGAAUCGCCUCACCUUUUGUGCUUCAAAUGUUAUCCAUCACUUUUUUUGUGAUGUUAGCCCAGUUCUGAAACUGUCCUGCUCUUCUACCUCCAUCAGUGAACUUGCGGCCAUGACGGAAGGGUUGGCCUCUGUGAUGGCUCCUUUUGUCUGUAUCAUCAUCUCUUAUCUGCAAAUCCUCAUUGCAGUUCUCAAGAUGCCCUCAGCUGCUGGAAAACACAAAGCCUUCUCCACCUGCAGCUCUCAUCUCACUGUGGUCACUCUAUUUUAUGGAACAAUUAUCUAUGUCUAUUUCCAGCCCUUGUCCAGCUAUACUGUUAACGACCGGAUAGCAACAAUCAUCUACACAGUAUUGACAUCGAUGUUAAACCCAUUUAUCUACAGUCUAAGGAACAAAGACAUGAAACGGGGCUUAGAGAAAUUGAUAAGCAGGAUUAAGUCUCAAACGGAUAAGCUUUCUUCUACAGAAUCUAACAAAAUCCCUGGACCAUGAUUACAAGGGGUAUG